UCUCGCUCCCCUUCGUCUGCAAUGCCUGGGCUGGGGCCAAGAGCCGGAGGGGAGGAGCUUCGGGCGCAACGGCAGGCGGAGGACGGGAUAGCGGCGCUCCUUUUACGCCUGUGGCGAGACCUCAAGGAACUGCUAGACCAGGAAUUUGUAAUGAUGAUCAGCCUCUGACUGAACCCCUAAAGCUGGGAACUCAACGGAUGCUCAAGAUACAUUAACAUCUUCUGCACAAACUGUUAAACUGAAUGAACAGCCGAAAAUGAUCUCUGUGUUGUGGCUUGCAUGCUGGAUCUCCCUGGCUUAUUCGUUCCAUAAUAGGUCACGUCUUGUUGUCCUUGUGCCUGUAGGAGAACCUGUGGCUGUCAGCUGUCCAUUGUUACCUUCUCAGCAAUCUGACCACAAUGUGACAUGGUACAGGAAUGGUAGUGCUAUAACUCUAAUGGAAGAUAACUACUUGAGGAUUCAUCAGGAAGGAAACUUGCUUUGGUUUAUCCCUGCCAAGAUAGAAGAUUCAGGAUUUUAUGAAUGUCGCGUUGGAAACUCCAAAAGGGAGAGCAAGGAACUGCAGGUUUUUGAGAAAGAUGACGGUUUAUGUUUCAAUAAAGAUGUAAUCUAUCUGCAAAAACUACUCCUGGAGAACAAUGGAAAUUUGGUUUGUCCUGACCUGGAGUAUUUUGAAAGUGAAGAUAGUCCCCUUGUUGUUCAGUGGUCCAAGGAUUGCCAUCCAGGAUUAUUUGAAGAUAAGAGAUUUCAAGCUUUAGGACAUAGCCUUUCAAUUAAUAAUGUAAAUGAGAGAGAUAAAGGAAUCUAUGUGUGCCGAACAAUGUAUACUUAUAUGGGAAAACAAUAUAAUGUUUCACGAGCCAUUCAUCUGAAUGCUUAUGUCUCUCCAGAGAAAUUACCACAAAUUAUUUAUCCCCAUAAUAAUUCAGUUGAAGUAGAACUUGGAUCCAAUUUUCUUAUAGAGUGUAAUGCCUCUGGAGAAACACGAGAGAUAUUUACAUCCUGGGAGGUCAAUGGAUCAGCACUUGAAGAUUUUGAUAACUCACUGAUAGUGGAAACAUAUGAGUAUGUAUCCCUUUCUGGAAAAUGGAUAGUAGGAACAAAAUUUAAUAUUUCUGUGGUGAAAAACAAACACUACUUGACGUUUUCGUGUUUUGUAUGGACUCCUACACUUGAUGAAAUAGCUGUGUAUAUCACGCUACUACAUCCAACUAAACAUAUUCAGAGUUAUUUGAUUGGAGGACUGGUUUCACCACUACUUAUUAUACUGGCUGCAGUUCUUACUUACAAGGUUUUCAAGGUGGACAUAGUGCUUUGGUAUCGACAGUCCUGCCAGCCUCUUUUCAGAAAGGAAGUUUCAGAUGGAAAGCUUUAUGAUGCUUAUGUCGUGUAUCCCUCAAGUGUAACAAACUGCAUAUAUUCAUCUGAUACCUUUGUCCUGAAAGUACUACCUGAAGUUUUAGAAAAACAAUGUGGAUAUAAUCUCUUUAUAUGUGGCAGGGAUGAUUUACCAGGGCAAGCGGUGAUCAGUGUUGUUGAUGAAGCUGUCAGACUAAGCAGAAGGGUGAUAAUUGUGUUAGCACCAGGUUCAUAUUCCUGCAGCAUGCUGAGGGAUACUACUGAGCAACAAAUAGCUAUGUACAGUGCCCUUAUUCAGGACGAAAUUAAAGUUAUAUUGAUUUUGCUGGACAAAAUAAAAGACUAUGCCAACAUGCCGGAAUCUAUAAAGUAUCUGAAACAAAAACAUGGAGUACUUAUAUGGAAAGGAGAUUUUUUGGAGCAAUCUCAGUUAGCAUCUUCAAAGUUUUGGAAAAAUGUGAGGUAUCGAAUGCCAACGAGACAAAAUCCACCUUCCUUGGACCAUCACUUGCUACCCGUGACUCUUACAGCUUCUCGGAUAUCUGAAGGCUAUGGCUGAAUUACAUUGUUUACUUGUGCCAAGGUUCUUGUGGGUGUGGUAUACAUACACUUCCACAUACGGGGUGUUCAAGGUUGGAAUAGUCUUCAGAAACACAGUUUCGAACAUUUGGCAAGUUCCUUCUGCAAUAGUUUAUUCAGCCAUACACCCGAAGUUUUGGAUCUGCCAUGGGAACUACUGUGUGGAUGUUUGAAAGGAAAAGGGAGACAGCUGCUACUUCAUAUAAGAGUAUUACUCUAUAGACAAAAGAAAUGAAUGUGAAGGAAACUUUUCGGCUUAUGCACAGCUUUAAAAGUUUUUAUUGAAAAGUCAAGGGCUUGAUUUAAAACAGCUGCUGUUUAUAUCUGCUGCACCCUUGAUGGCCUUUUUUGUUCCCUCUUUAAAAACAUAAUUCUAUAUACUGUGCAUAUUACUAUAGUAUCUCCCAAGGAGAAACAGCACUGUAACUCAUUAUCUAGGUAGACUGUCAUGCCAAAGUGUAAAUGCAAAGGGGGAAAAAAAGCUUGAUUCAUAUUUUUAUGACGGUGGAUAACAUGCAAAUGUAAUUUUUAGUGCUGACAUAAAUCAUGUGAUUGAUUUUGAUGUUACUUGGGUAGUAGGAUGAGAUUUUUUUACCCUUAAAGCAUCUACACAGCUUUCCAAAUAGCUAAACAUUUUGUUCAGUUAUGAGCACUUUUUGCAAUGAGUAGUAGCUGUACUUAAACAUACAUGCUUUAUUUUUUAUGGGAGAGGUUUGCAAUAGACUCAUUUCUAAGAAUUGUAUAAUUUUUAUAAUUGUUAUGAAUAGCAUAAUAAAAUUGUUUCUAUGAA